UCUCUCUCUUUUCAUACAACAUUCAUAAAAGCACAAUAAAUACAACAAAGCUAAAAGGGUAAAAUGAGCAUUCAAUUCAAUAUGACUAAUGCUCAAGAGUUGGGGCAAGAGGGGUUUGUGUGGGGCAUAUCCAGUUCUGAUGAUUCCGGAGGCGGCUGCAAAAAAAUGGAGAAGCAACAGCCUUCCUUGCAACUUUCUCAUCCGUUGGAAAUUUCGAUUUCGAUGGAUAAGAAAAUUGCAAAAGGAAAAAAAAGGACAAAAAGAAAUGAUAAAAAUCAUGUAGAAGAAUCUCCUGAUCAUGAAAUACAUAUAUGGACUGAGAGAGAAAGGAGAAAGAAGAUGAGAGACAUGUUUUCUAAACUACAUGCUUUGCUUCCUCAACUUCCUCCUAAGGCAGACAAAUCAACAAUCGUAGACGAAGCAGUGAGCUCGAUCAAAUCCCUUGAACAAACUUUACAAAAUCUGCAAAUGAAAAAGUUCGAGAAACUUCAAUAUUCUUCUGCUUCAAACACAACUCCUACUACUAGUAAUUUCCCAUAUGAUCCAUCUUCAUCUUCUUCUCCUACAACUCUCCUCACACCAGUAUCAUCAAACCAUCCCCAAAUCCUUACCCUAGGCACCACUGCAGCAGAGUCUUACUCUCGUGAAGCUUUCUUGGCCGAUCAGAUAUCUUCUUCCAGCAAGAACCUGCCUUACCCUUGUAAUGACCCGAUCGCUGCAUUCGAUAUUUGGUCCUCACGUAACGUCGUGCUGAAUAUUUGCGGGAAUGAAGCUUUCUUCAAUUUGUGUUGCCCUAAAGUCAAACCAGAGGUUUUCACUAACGUUUGUUACUUGUUUGACAAGUAUAACAUUGAAGUUUUGUUUGCCAAUGUCUCCUCUAAUGUUUUCCGUAGCACCUAUAUGAUCCAAGCACAGGUAAAUCCGAGUUACGAGAAUCAGUUACUGGGAGAUGGAAUUGGGGUUGGGGAAAUAUUCAAGCAGGCAGCUCAAGAACUGGUCUUAUAUUUUUCAUCUUCUUAAAUCAUAAAUGGUUGGGGUUGGAGAAAUAUUCAAGCAGGCAGCUCAAGAACUGGUCUUAUAUUUUUCAUCUCCUUAAAUCAUAAAUGGCUGGUUCGGUUUAAGUUUAUUUUAAGGCGAUUAAAGAUUCAGUUUUCAGUACUUUCAGGGUUUGUUUUUUUGCAAAUUCCCAUCGAUGUCCAUGCAGAGGGAUUAGUUUGCACUUUAAAACCCA